AUGGAUUGUGACUCUACUGGUACCGUCCUUGGCGACGCCUUGGCAGACCGUCGCCGGCACAGGCCGGCAGCCGUGAAAGAUGAGUGGAUACUGGAUACUCGUGGACGUUCGUUUGUGGGGCAGCAUGACCUGGACUCCUUGAACCACGUGAUCCGGAGCUUGGAUGUGGAAGGCACAGGGCUACUGGAGACGAUUGCUGGUACCGGUGAGCCGGGUUGGUCGGGCGAUGGAACGGCGGUCGCGGCGCUCUUGAGCUCCAGACCGGACCAGGAGCGACCCGGGAGGGUCAGGACCCUGUGCACGGAGCCGUUUGGAGGGGUCCGGAGCGUUGAUGAUCUGUGA